CCUCCAGGGCAGUAAGGCUUUCUACAGAACAAGCAAGUGUUCUUCAGUGCCCGGGCUCAGGAGAAGGAAUGCGACCAAGCCUGCUGGGUCGGAUCAAGGAGGAGCUUCGGGGCAGGGUGGAUCUAGGGCGGGUUAGGUGACAGCGCCUGCUGGUACUGUGUGCUCUCGCAGCUCCAGGGCCAGGCCCUGCUGCUCUCUUGCAGACUGGAAAGGCGUGGUCUCUGCACCCUGAUCCUACAGCAGCUCAUGGGGAGCCCCAGACUGGCGGCCUCGCUCCUGUCUCUCCCCCUACUGUCCAUCAGCAUCGCUGUGUCUGCUCAGGUCGCCUGGCCCUGCCUGCCACGUUGGACCAGCCGCUGUCUACUGGCCUGCCGGGUGGAUCAGCGUUUGGCUGGAAGUUCUGCUCCAACCCCCUGCCCGACUGCCUUAGCCACAAAGCAUUGGCACUGGUCUUGCUGUUCGUGCCUGUAUCUGGUGUCACGGUCUUCAGGCCUUCAGUGGGACUGGUUCCCUUUCUUGGUGAGGAAAUCUAAAAGUCCUCAUAAAUCUGAAGCCUAUUGGAGGCACAGGACACCCGCAUUCUUCCAGAGGAAGCUGCUAGGCAGCCCUUCCCUGCCUCAGGAAAGGCAUCGCAGUUCCAUCCCCUGCCCAGCCAUCUCCCACAGAGGCCUACGCACCAAACGGACGCAGCCUUCAGCUGCAGAAGGAAUAAAACAUCUCCCCAAAGCAGCUUCACAGAAGCAUGGAGGACCUGAAUUCUCCUUUGAUUUGCUGCCUGAGGUACAGGCUAUUCGGGUGACUAUUCCUCCAGGCCCAGAGGCCAGCGUGCGCCUUUGUUACCAGUGGGCACUGGAAUGUGAAGACUUGAAUAGUCCUUUUGACGUGCAGAAAAUUGUGUCUGGAGGCCACACUGUAGACCUGCCUUAUGAAUUCCUUCUGCCCUGCAUGUGCAUAGAGGCCUCCUACCUGCAGGAGGACACUGUGAGGCGCAAGAAGUGUCCCUUCCAGAGCUGGCCUGAAGCUUAUGGCUCGGACUUCUGGAAGUCAGUAAGCUUCACGGACUACAGCCAGCACAGUCAGAUGGCCAUGGCCCUGACACUCCGCUGCCCACUGAAACUGGAGGCCUCCCUCUGCCAGAGGCAGGAUCCACUCACGCCCUGCGAAACCCUUCCCAACGCCACAGCACAGGAGUCAGAAGGACGGUACACCCUGGAGAAUGUAGACUUGCACCCACAGUUCUGCUUUAAGUUUUCUUUUGAAAACAGCAGCCACGUCGAAUGUCCCCGCCAGAGUGGCUCUCUCCCCUCCUGGACUGUGAGUGUGGACACCCAGGCCCAACAGUUGACCCUCCACUUUUCUUCGAGGAUAUACGCCACCUUCAGUGCUGCCUGGAGUACCCCGGGUUUGGGGCCGGACACCUCCAUGCCUCCCGUGUAUAGCAUCAGCCAGACCCAGGGCUCAGUCCCAGUGACUCUAGACCUCAUCAUUCCCUUCUUGAGGCAGGGGAGCUGCAUCCUGGUGUGGCGGUCAGAUGUCCAGUUUGCCAGGAAGCACCUCUUGUGUCCUGAUGUCUCCAAUAGACACCUCGGGCUCUUGAUCCUGGCACUGCUGGGUCUCACCGCUCUACUGGGUGUAGUUCUGGUCCUACUCUGCCGGCGCCUGCUGCCAGGCUCCGGUCGAACUAGGCCAGUUUUACUCCUACACGCAGCGGACUCAGAGGCACAGCGACGCCUGGUGGGAGCUCUGGCCGAACUGCUGCGGACCGCGCUGGGCGGCGGACGCGACGUGAUCGUGGAUCUCUGGGAAGGGACGCACGUAGCACGCAUUGGACCACUGCCAUGGCUCUGGGCAGCGCGGGAGCGCGUGGCACGGGAACAGGGCACGGUGCUGCUCCUGUGGAACUUUGCGGGCCCCAGCACCGCCUGCAGCGGCGACCCGCAGGCUGCGUCCCUUCGCACCCUGCUGUGCGCUGCUCCACGCCCACCGCUACUCGCCUACUUCAGUCGCCUCUGUGCCAAAGGCGAUAUCCCCCGGCCUCUGCGAGCUCUGCCGCGCUACCGCCUGCUUCGUGACUUGCCGCGCCUGCUGCGAGCGCUGGAUGCUCGGCCUGCCACCCUAGCCACCAGCGGGAGUCACCUUGGGGCUAAGCAGUGCUUGAAAAGCCGCCUGGAGCUGUGUCACCUGCUGGAACUCGAGGCCGCCAAAGAUGACUACCAAGGCUCAACCAAUAGUCCCUGGGGUUUCAGUUGUCUGUAGCCACAGCCUGUGUAGCAACAGCAGGAACUCAAGAACGAGACUUCAAACUUCUUGUCCCCCGAACUGUGAGACUCACUCCAGGUCCCACAUUGGACCAGCCUCCCUCUCAGAGUCCCUGAGAGGAAGUUGGGCUUUCCUGAUAGGUCCUCAGCCCUUUCGGAGAAGGAGGGCCAAUUCUUCCAUUUCUUCUCAAAACUGCAAAAACACAACUAUCGGCAUUGUGCAUUCCAGUCCAGGCUGGAGAACUAGGCCAGGGUUGGAAAGCAGGGCCUCUGUGUCUGAAGGACUUUCGGCAGCAGGAUGAAGGGGCUUAAAAGGGGGGAGUAUAGGGGAUUAGGUGAGUGUGGCUA